UCGUGGCCCAAGUGGUCUAGUGGAUAACGCUUUGGCGUUUGAAACUAUGGGCACUGGGUUCGAGCCUCGGUGGGAACAUCAUCACUCACUGAGAAAUGCAGGUACAUCCAGCUGACGAGUCCCAAUUAGGACGAAAUGCGCAUCCUGGAUUCCACUGCUAGCCACCAUCCACCAAUUGUAUACAAAUCAAAUCCCCAGACAUCGUCGAAGCAUCUGCACAAGAAGCCGACAUGUCAACCUGAGACCGAACACUUCGGUCCAAUCAAUCGACGGGAAAAUCAAAAAUUCAAUUCAAUAAUUAAUAUGACCCGUCGCACAACAGGUGGCUCUCGUGGCCCAAGUGGUCUAGUGGAUAACGCUUUGGCGUUUGAAACUAUGGGCACUGGGUUCGAGCCUCGGUGGGAACAUCAUCACUCACUGAGAAAUGCAGGUACAUCCAGCUGACGAGUCCCAAUUAGGACGAAAUGCGCAUCCUGGAUUCCACUGCUAGCCACCAUCCACCAAUUGUAUACAAAUCAAAUCCCCAGACAUCGUCGAAGCAUCUGCACAAGAAGCCGACAUGUCAACCUGAGACCGAACACUUCGGUCCAAUCAAUCGACGGGAAAAUCAAAAAUUCAAUUCAAUAAUUAAUAUGACCCGUUGCACAACAGGUGGCUCUCGUGGCCCAAGUGGUCUAGUGGAUAACGCUUUGGCGUUUGAAACUAUGGGCACUGGGUUCGAGCCU